AUGGACGCUGUAACGCGCCGCAAGCCCGCCGAUGACCCGGACGACUCGUCCGAGGCGCCUAACGUGAAACGCAGGAAAGUGCGCCGGGGAACUCGCAGCUGCUGGGAAUGCAAGCGGCGGAAGAUGAAGUGCGUCUUCGAGCGCCCGGAUGAUGCGAUCUGCAUUGGAUGUCACCGUCGGUGGUCGAAAUGCGUCAGCCAGGAGUUCCCGGAGGAAGCGUCGGCACCGUCCCUGGACAGCAACGACCGGCUGAGGGAGCGCCUUCGCUGCGUGGAGGCACGGCUGAGCCACGUUCUGACGCAAGUAGGGGCCCCAGACGCUGGCAUCCUUACGCCUGCGUCUCCCGAGUAUCAGCCGGCCGUCCCGUUGCGCGACGACACCCCAGGGACGUCAUCCGCGGCAACUAUUCGCCUCGAAAAGGGGAAAUAUGAUGGGUUGGCACGCACUCUCUGGGAGGCCUUACCCUCGCAGGACGACACUCGUCGAAUAGCCAAGGCGAGCGCUCACAACUCCGUGCCAGUUCAUGAAAUCCUGACUACACCGUAUGUGAUGCUCGAUCAGGAUGGCCUCCGACCCCAACGCCGCCUGAUGGAAAUACCGGGCCCGAAUGCCCAUCCGGUCCUGCUCGCCCGGCAUAUGCUCUAUCUCGCCAGCUUCCUGCAGCAUCUUCACCCCAGCCUCCACGAGGAAGUCAGUGGUCUCUCGGAACCGCCCAAACUCAUGAAGGAGCGCUUAGUGGAACUGGUCUCCAGUCUGGUGACGAGUAGCGACCGUUUCGUUGACUGUGUAGAAUUUCUCGAGUGUGUCAUGAUCGAGAGCCAAUACCAGGCGAAUUGCGGCUUGCUGCGAUGCAGCUGGAUGACCGCCCGAAGAGCCAUGGUGAUUGCGCAAGGGAUGGGCUUGCCCCGACCGACCGGCUGCUUGCAGUACAAAACUCUGACCCCGGACACCAAGACGGAUCCGCACUUCCUGUGGUUUCGUAUCGUUUUCUAUGAUCGCCAAAUGUGCCUGCUUCUAGGUCUGCCGCAGGGAACGCUUGAUCGGAGUAUGGCGGACGAGGCGACUCUUGCCGGCGAGUCACCGGGAGGCCGCCUCGAGCGCCUCCACUGUGUGAUUGCCUCCCGGGUUCUGGAACGUAAUGAGUCGAGCUUUGGGUGUUGGGACUACGCGCUGACACAGGCGCUCGAGCAAGAUCUGCGAAGUGCCGCACAGGGGAUGCCCAGUCGAUGGUGGCUGAUGCCCCACCUUCGCAGUGAAAAGAAUGACCCCCAAGAAUUAUUCUGGGAAAUGCGCCGCCUGUCGGAGCAAUUGUGUCACUAUAACCUGCUUAACCAGCUUCAUCUUCCCUACAUGCUGCAUCGCUCGAUCGAAUGUCAGCAUGAGCACUCGAGGAUCGUAUGCGUGAAUGCCUCGCGAGAGGUCUUGUCUCGUUUCAUUAUGCUACACCGCUGGAACCGUGGCGCCUUCAGCUGUCGGACUAUGGACUUCACCGCUGUAAUGGCCGCCAUCACCCUGCUGCUGGCGCAUCUCGCCAGUCGUCGCUCUCCAGAAAAGGGUAAUUUUCUGAAUAUCCAAUACCCAGGCGACCGCGCCAUAAUUGAACAGGCACAAGACAAUAUGGAGGACCUGAACCGCAUAAGCAGAGAUCCUCUGAACGCCAGGAGUGCGGCCUUACUUCGCCGCUUGCUAGCGAUCGACACACAAGCGGCCGAAGGAAACCCCCGGAGCGCCCAUAGUGUCAGUGUUCAGGCGCCAGACACCGAUCUCGCGCCGGUCGAUGAGUCUGCUAGCGGCGAUAAAAGUGUGUAUAUCCCGUACUUUGGCGUGGUUAAAGCCGUCGUUGAAGCCCAGUCAUGCGAUCAGGACACCACAGCGCGAGCCACGAGCCCAGAAAAUAGUGGAGGCCAGCAGCCUGCGGAAGGGAUACGACCGGUAUUGAAUGAAGGAGCGAUGUCACAUUCGGUCACCCCAGGACUUCCAGCCUCAUCGCUAUGGCCGAGUAGUGUCAACGGCAUAACUACCUUUGCGCCACUGUUCCCCGAAGUCUUUUCUGCUGAAUCGCUGCAAAUACCUGAUCCCGAGGAGACGAGUGGCUUUGAGGAAACCUCGUGGCAAGAUGUAGACUUAACCUUUUUAAACGACUUUUUGACCGGCGUUGGCCAGGGUGAGGAAUAA